AUGGCAUUCUCCUGGUCAAACAGUGGCCACUCCGUUCCCAAGCUGAACAUCCGUCUACUGUGCCUGUUCGGGAUGUGGCCACUGUGCGAUUCGACGCUGUAUAACUUCUACAGCCCCCUCGUCUUAACGCUGGGCGUUUGGAACUGCAUGGAAGGCGCUCUGGCCGUCGGCUACAGCGGAGCUGAUCUUGAAGAGACGACGCUGGUCCUGAUUAACUCUUUCACGACCUGCAGUGGACUCGUCAAGGGCAUACUGUUCGCGUGGGACAGGCAGCAGUAUUACGCCAUGGCGCAUUGUCUCAACGCGCUGGUGUCGAAACAAAGUGAGGCCUGCUCCAAGGACACCACCAUGGCCGACAUCCUCCAGAACUCGCGCAAACGUGCGAGCCGCGUUUCACUGGCCAUUUUCCUGUCCUUGGUCGUGCAGUCGAUCGUGUGGUUCUCAAUGCCGUUGAUCCUGCAUCCGGGCGAACAUCGCCUUCCGCUCGACCAGCACUACUGGGCCGUCAACAAUACCUACUACGCACUGUCGAACAUCGUGCAGUGUUGCGCAGCCAACAUCUGUGCCACAUUAGCAUCGGCAUGGACUGUCUUCUAG